AUGACAUUCGAAAUCGAAGCUCAAGGAGCAGGAACUAUCAUCAAUGUAGAUGAAUUACAAAACCACGGAAUUAAUGCUGGAGACAUCACUAAAUUAAAAGCGGCGGGCGUUUGUUCAAUAGCGUCAGUCUUGUCAACAACCCGUAGAAAUAUGUGUAAAAUUAAGGGAUUAAGUGAAGUUAAGGUUGAAAAAAUCAAGGAGGCGGCUGGUAAACUUAUGCAUUCUGGAUUUAUACCUGCAACUGUUCAAGCAGAGCUUAGAAGUAGGGCAUUUACAUUGAGUACAGGCUCUAAGCAAUUAGAUGAUGUUUUAGGAGGUGGAGUUCUGUCGAUGAGUAUUACUGAGGUGUUUGGUGAAUUUAGAUGUGGGAAAACUCAAUUAUGUCACACAUUAUGUGUUACUGCCCAACUUCCUAAAGAAAUGGGAGGAAGCGAAGGCAAGGUUGCUUAUAUAGAUACAGAAGGAACGUUCAGGCCCGAUAGAAUUAGGUCAAUCGCCGAACGAUUUCAAGUUGAUGCCGACGCUUGUCUUGAAAAUAUUUCGUACGCUAGAGCCUUGAAUAGUGAACACCAAAUGGAAUUAGCCGAGCAACUAGGCUUGCAAUUUGCCGAUGGGACAUAUAGAUUGCUAGUUGUGGACUCAAUUAUGGCGUGUUUCAGGGUCGAUUAUUCGGGUAGAGGUGAAUUAAAUGAUAGACAACAAAAAUUGAAUCAACAUUUAUCGAGCUUAAUCAGACUUGCAGAAGACUAUAAUGUCGCAGUGUUCCUUACCAAUCAAGUCCAAUCUGAUCCUGGUGCAAGUUCGUUGUUCGCAGCUGCCGAUGGGAGGAAACCUGUGGGAGGUCAUAUUUUAGCUCAUGCUUCUGCCACCAGAAUACUCCUUCGUAAAGGUAGAGGAGAGGAAAGAGUUGCAAAGUUGCAAGAUAGCCCUGAUAUGGCAGAAAAAGAGUGUGUUUAUGUUAUCGGCGAAGGUGGAAUUAAAGAUAGUGAAUAA